UAUCAUUAUGAUUGAUAUACCAAAUGCGCUGACAAAUGACCUGCAUGCAUGACUCGACUGACGGCGGUCGCUGCAGCAGGAUUGCAUGUGGUGAGACAUUGACAACUAAGUUCUGUUCGUGUGCGGAAUCAAUCAAGCAGAGAGACUUCUAGAAGGUGGCAACACGGACAACAAGAUCCGGUUCUGUGUGGAAUCAGCAGACUCUGAAUCCAUCAAAAAGACCUGAAGAAGAUUCCUGUUAUGUGACUGAGCAUUCUGUUGUGGAUUCUCGUGAAUCAGAUCCGAUCACUGACAGACCUCAAGAGGAUCAACAACCAGCCAAUUGUGACGAUACUCCCAUGAUCCUCGGCAGACAGAUUUCUGUUCUGUGACAACAUCAACUGCGUAAGGCACUCUGUUGUGGAAUCUUGUGAAUUCAUAGAUCCGAUCACUGACAGAGCUCAGGAAGAUCAGCAACCAGCCAAUGUGACGAUGCUCCCAUGAUCCUAAGCAGACAGGUGCUUGUAAUACUUGUUGGAACUAAUGUCACCCAUAGAGCUUCAAACAAAGCUUGACACGAAAGUAAAAGUAUUUGCCAUCACGUUUUAAGCUGAACUGGCAGGAGAGGGUGCACAAACACCGGAUGGAACAAACCAUUUGGUUGCGAGAUCUGAAGUAUAACCUUUUCUCAGCAAAGUCGUGAAAUUUGAAUCGGGGCGCACACUGCUGAGAAACCUUUUCUUUGGCAGACCUGCAGCGGUAAAGUCUUUUCCUCGGCAAGGAAGUCUAAACAAACUUGAAGGGAUGCAUACUGGACAGAAACCAUUUGUUUGUGAGACCUGUGGUAAAGCCUUUGCUUCCAGAUCUAAUCUACGCUCACAUGAGAGGGUCCAUACUGGUGAGAAACCAUUUAUUUGUGAGACCUGUGGUAAAGCCUUUGCUGUCAAAUCAAAUCUACGCUCACAUGAGAGGGUCCAUACUUUACAGGAAAAAAUUGUUUGUGAGACCUGUGGUAAAGCCAUUGCUGGCAAACAUAAUCUACGCUUACAUGAGAAGGUUCAUACUGGUGAGAAACCAUUUGUUUGUGAGACUUGUGGUAAAGCCUUUUCUCUACGAGCCAAUCUAAUCAGACAUGAGAGGGUGCACACUGGAGAGAAACCAUUUGUCUGUGAGUUCUGUGGUAAAGCCUUUGCAGGUCAAAGUCAUCUACGUGCACAUGAGCGAAUGCACACUGGUGAGAAACCAUUUGAGUGUCAGAUAUGCGGUAAAGCAUUUUCUACACGACGUGAUGUAAUCAGACAUCAGAGGGUGCACACUGGAGAGAAACCAUUUGUUUGUGAGACAUGUGGUAAAGCCUUUUCUCAGCGGAGUAUUCUUAAAGGACAUAUCAAGGUGCACACUGGUGAGAAACCAUUUGUCUGUGAGACAUGUGGUAAAGUCUUUAGUGCUCGAAGUAAUCUAUGCAAACAUGAGAGGGUCCACACUGGUGAAAAACCAUUUGUUUGUGAAAGAUGUGGUAAAGCAUUUUCUACCCCAGCUAAUCUACGCAAGCAUGAGAGGGUUCAUACUGGUGAGAAACCAUUUGUUUGUGAGACCUGUGGUAGAGCAUUUUCUACUCGAGAUAUUCUAUGCCAACAUGGGAGGGUACAUACUGGUGAGAAAUUGUUUGUUUGUGCGACUUGUGGUAAAGCCCUUUCUACACGAAAUUCUCUAAUCAGACAUGAGAGGGUGCACACUAGAAAGAGCCCAUGUUUGUGAGAUCCGUGGUAGGGUAUUUUGUAGACGAGGUACUCUAAUCAGACACGAAGGCAUAUAUCAAGGUGCAUACUGGUGAGAAACCAUUUGUUCACGAGAUCUGUGGUCAAGUGUUUCAACUUUUCUGUUUGAAGUAAUCUACGGCAACAUGAGAGGGUCCUUACUGGCGUAAAAACAUUAAUGUGUUUGAGACCUGUGGUAAAACCUUUUCUACUAAAGAUAAUCAAUGUCAAUAUGGGAGGGUUCAUACUGGUGAGACCUGUGGUAAAGCCCUUUCUGCAUGAGAUGUUUUGAUAAGACAUAGAGGGUACACACUCGAGAGAAUCCGUUUUUGUGAGAUCCGUGGUAAAGCCUCUUGUUUUACAAACGAGCUACUCGAGUCAGACACGAAAGGGUGCGUACAUGUAAAACAUGUAAUAAGUGGGGAUGUGAGAGCUGUGGUAAAGCCUAAACUAGUGAGAAACCAUUUGUUUGUGGGACCUGAUAUGGUAAAGGCUUUUUUCAAGGAAAUCUUCUUAAAAGUCAUAUCGGGCCGAGGAAGCGAGAUGGAUGGCAAAAAUAAAUGAUUAACCACUCUCCGCACAACCGAGCAGUUACCAAUACCAAACAUUUGAAUAAACUGAAAUCUGGUGUGGAAGCAAGAUUCAUGGUUGUAUUUGUAUACAUUAGUUUUAUUUACAAACGACUGCAUAUGAUAAAUGCAUUAAAAUAUUAUAAAUACGUGUAUUGUUGAAUUUUA